AUGCUGCACCGGACUUCGCGUGUUGCCAGACAGCCUCACCAACUAGCCGAUGGAGUUCAAUCCCCUGACUUGCAAGACAAGAGUUUUCGAUCUGUUCGCCAGAGAACGGUGAACACACCCUUAAUCAUGAAGAUCGGGCAAACCAAUUUCAUUCAACUAGAGCGACGUUUGUGGGUGACCCAACUUCUGGAUGACUCCGCAAUACAUCGACGACCUGUCAUGCAGGAUCCCCUGGUUCUAACGGAAAGUUUGAACCGAACUAGAUGCGGAUCUGUGGAGCCGCUACACAUUAUAGCCUUCCCGGUUGUAUGA